CCAGUCACGGCUGCGGGUCCCGCACAGCAAGCGUUAACCUUGCGCCGCCCGCCAGCCCGGAGACUCGGCGGCUGCGGAGCCGCAGUUCAGCGGGACUGCGGAGGUGUUCCAGCAGAGCCGGGAGGGAGGACGCCCUUCUCUCCCGGUCUGAAGGGAUCGGCGGGUGUCGGCAGACAUCAUUCGGCCGGGCUCGCUGACAAUCCGGUCCAGGGCCUUCGGACGCGGCCCUUCACACCCUCCCGCUCCUUCCUCAGCAGCUCCGGCCGCCGGCUGCCUGUUCCUCCGGGCCACCGUAGGAGGCCACCGAUGGUGCGAAGAAGGCGUGGGCGACGUUGACAGUCUCCUUCCUCCGUUCACGCUGGAGUGUACAAAGAGCAGGGGGGUGGGCUGAGGGAGGAGGCCCCCCCCCCCCCCGCACCGUCGCUCUCAAGGAAGGCCACCUGGUGCCGCGUGCCCGGGCUCUUCGAAGGAUGGACUGGAAGCUGAACGGGACGGUGAGGUUCCUGCACGCCUCCUGGCUGAACACGUCACUGCUGGUGGAGCACUUCUCCCUCUGCUCAGACCCCGUGAGCAGCACCACUUUCCUGCUAAUGGCCUACAGCGCGGUGAUGGCGGUGGGGCUGAUCGGCAACACCUGCCUGGUCCUGGUCAUCGCCCGGCAGAAGGAAAUGCGCAACGUCACCAACAUCCUGAUCGCCAACCUGUCCUGUUCGGACAUCCUCAUCUCCGUCAUCUGCCUGCCCGUGACGGUCAUCUACACCAUGAUGGACCGCUGGAUCCUGGGCGCCCUGCUGUGCAAGCUGACCCCGUUUGUCCAGAGCACGUCCAUCACCGUCUCCGUUCUCUCGCUGGUCCUCAUCGCCUUGGAGAGGCACCAGCUCAUCAUCAAGCCCACCGGCUGGAAGCCGACGGUGGGACACGCCUACUUGGCAGUGGCCAUCAGCUGGCUGGUGGGGUGUUUCAUCUCCUUGCCCUUUGUGUCCUUCAAUGUUCUAACCAGCGACCCCUACGCCAACAUCUCUUUCCUCCCGGAGGGGCUGGCCGAGCAGGUGGCCUGCAUCGAGCGCUGGGCCUCGGAGCGCCAGAAGCUGGCCUACACCACCUCCCUCCUGGUCUUUCAGUACGGCCUGCCGCUGCUCCUGAUGGUCACCUGCUACUUCCGCAUCUUCCUGCGCCUGCGCCGGCGGCGGGAGAUGGUGGACCGCCCGCGGGACAGCAACCGCCGGGUCAGCCACAGCUGCAGGGUGAACAUCAUGCUGGCCUCCAUCGUUGUGGCCUUCGGCCUCUGCUGGAUGCCACUUACCAUCUUCAACACCGUCUUCGACUGGGACCACGAGGCCAUCUCUGUCUGCCACCACAACCUCAUCUUCUCCCUCUGCCACCUGACAGCCAUGUUGUCGACCUGCGUCAACCCCAUCAUCUACGGCUUCCUCAACGCCAACUUCCAGAAGGAAGUGAAGGCCUUGCUGUACCGGUGUCGCUGUGGCGGCUCCUCGGAGAGGUACGAGAGCUUCCCGCUGUCCACCGUCAACACUGAGCUGUCCAAGGCUUCCCUGCACCAGGGCUGCCCUAACAAUGUCUAAACUCUCAACCCGGAUUUCUGGAAGGCCUUUGACAGAUGUGUAUAAGAAGGUCUUUGACAAGGUCAGCACACAAAGCUGCUAAUCAAGAGCCCGUAGUGUUAUAGAAAAUACACUUGCAUGGACAAAGGAUUGGCUGACUGGCAGAAGGCAAAGAGUGGGAAUAAAGGGGGCCUUUCCUCCUUGCCAGUGACUAGUAAUGUUCCACAAGGGUUGGUGUUGGGUCCUCUACUUUACACCUUAUAUCAAUUAUCUGGAUCAUGGAAUCAGUGGCUUUGCGGCCAAGUUUGUGGACGAUACAAAGGUAGGUGCAGGAAGCCGGAAGUGUAGAGAAAGCAGGGGGGGCUGUAGAGGAUUUGGACAGAUUAGUAGAAUGGGUAAAGAAGUGGCAGAUGGAAAACAGCGUAGGGAAAUGUAUGACCAUGCACUUUGGUAGAAGGAAUAAAGGUGUAGACUACUUUCUAAACGGGGAGUGAUUUCAGAAACGGGGGGUGCAAAGCGGACUUGGGAGUCCUAGUGCAGGAUUCCCUAAAGGAUUGGUGGAUCAAUUGACUACCAUCACCCAUGAGACAGGCUGUGCUGUCCAUCCGGGCCCUGUCCAGAUUUACAAUCGAAAGACCCUGCAUUUGGUAUCUGCAUGUCGCCAGAGGUUGCUUUAUACGAUUGAAGAUCAGCUGGACGGGGGUGGGGGGGGUUGCAGUGGCUGGAUGAAUUACCCACCCUGGACGUCAUGCCCCAGUCGGGCAGAGGAACCGGGGCAGUUGGGGAGGAGGCAUGAGAGUAACUUCACGUCUUCUGCAAACGGGGCUGUGUUUGUCCAUUUCCCAGGGGGCCUCCCUUGGGCCAGAGCUGGUUCCACGAGCCGGUUUGUGUUUGAGGCUUAAUGGAGCUCCGGUCAUCCAGGAUCGAGGAUCAACUUUAUUCACUGUAAACGUAUUCAGAAUUACUGUGGCGUGUUGGUGCGACUUGCCACAUUCAACAAUUACAAAGAACAAAGAAUUGUACAGGAAUAAAGUUAGAGGUUAAAGUACGGACUGGAAAUAUUAUAAGUAUAAAUGCCAGCAUAUAAUUACCUGUACAAUGAAAACAGCUUUAUAAAAAGCGGUUUAAAGUGUUUACAGUGCAGUGUAAUAGUGAAGGUAAUAGAUAGAGGGGUGAGGGACUCACUACAAUGGUUGAACAGACUAACUGUCUGAGAGAAGGAACUUCUAAGAAGGUGUUAAUAGCCCUAUGACACUUUCCAAAAUGGAGCUUUACAAAGAGCUAGUUUGCAAGGUGGAUGAUGUCCACAAUGAUUCUUCCUGCCCAUACAAGCCCAGCAGUGGUGGCUAUUGAGCUGACUGGCACCCCAGGGUGCUCUGCAAGGAUCGGAGGGGAGGGGGUCUCUGGAUGGCUCAGGGGCUGUCCCCCUCGGGGUCAAGGAUGUCGAUGGAGUCCGCCCUUUGCUCCGACAUAAGAAUGGAGUCACCUCUACGGGGCCACGUUUAAGAUCAUACAUUGCAUGCUGUGUAAUCAUUUCUGUUCAGCUUGUGUGCUUGCUGUUGGACUUCCCGUGUUAAACAAAGAGCCUACACUUGCUGUGUCUUGCUGGAAGAUUUUAAACCAGGUUAUCUGUAAUUAUAUUAUGUGCAGAAAAAUCAGGAAGGCCUAGAACACAGGCUCAGAGGCCUUUGACCUGGGGCCCAGCAUUUGGAGUCUGUAACUCAACCCAGAGUAAAGCGGGAAGGGUCAGUAACUCACUUUCUCUACCAAAGAGCAACCAGGAAAUUUGGAUUAUAUAAACACAGCUGCACGGAAAUAAUCUUUGACUGCUGAGGAAAGCUGGGAAAGCAGCACCCUUUCAAGAAAAAAAAUCUUAAAAUACAUGCAAAUAUCCUGUAGAUACUCUGGUGUUUUUUCCUCACUCAGGCCCGUCUUGAAGCCUCGUCAGGCUGAGACACGCCUGGGAGCCUCCUGCGGUGAGGGCCAGCCGAUGUGGUGAACGAGAAUGGGGGAAAGGGGCAGGAGCUCAAACAAUGAGGACGGCUUUAUCCCCACAGGAGCCUGUGGCUCACCCUCAGAGUAUGCGUCUGUGUUUGUAAAUAUUUUAAAUCUCCUUCUCUUCUAUCUACAGACAAAUGAUUGUUUAAUUACAGUUCUAUAACAACUCAACGUCCAUUAAA